CAUGCGCGCGCCGGGCGCGGGCUGCUGAGGCGCCGGGCGCGGACGCGGAAGCCGAGGCGGCGGCGGGAUGGAGCCGGCGGCCGCGCCCCGGCCGGACGUGGCGCCCGAGCUGACCCCCGAGGAGGAGCAGGCUACCAAGCAGUUCCUGGAGGAGAUAAACAAGUGGACGGUGCAGUACAACGUGUCUCCGCUGUCGUGGAAUGUGGCCGUCAAGUUCCUCAUGGCCAGGAAGUUCGAUGUGCUUCGAGCUGUGGAGCUGUUCCACUCCUACAGAGAAACGAGAAGGAAGGAAGGCAUUGUGAAGCUGAAGCCGCACGAGGAGCCGCUCCGCUCCGAGAUCCUCAGCGGCAAGUUCACCAUCUUAAAUGUUCGGGACCCAACUGGAGCUUCCAUUGCUCUCUUCACUGCCAGGCUGCACCACCCCCACAAGUCCGUUCCGCACGUGGUUCUCCAGGCCCUGUUCUACCUGCUAGACCGAGCGGUGGAUAGCUUUGAAACUCAAAGGAAUGGACUGGUGUUUAUCUAUGACAUGUGUGGUUCUAAUUACGCCAACUUUGAGCUGGAACUUGGCAAGAAAGUCCUGAAUUUGCUGAAGGGGGCGUUUCCAGCUCGUCUGAAGAAGGUACUCAUUGUGGGAGCGCCCAUGUGGUUCCGUGUUCCGUACUCCAUCAUCAGCCUGCUCCUGAAGGACAAAGUCCGGGAGAGGAUUCAGAUUCUAAAGACAUCCGAGGUGACCCAGCACCUGCCCAGGGAGUGCCUUCCUGAAAACCUGGGUGGGUACGUCAAAAUUGACCUGGCCAAUUGGAAUUUCCAGUUCCUGCCCCAGGUGAACGGCCACCCCGACCCCCUGGAUGAGCUCAUCCUCUCCUCCCUACCUCCCGCCUGCGACCUGGACUCGGUGCACGUGCCGGGCCCCCACGCCAUGACCAUCCCCGAGCUGGUGCACUACGUCAACGCCCGGCAGAAGCGGGGCAUCUACGAGGAGUACGAGGACAUCCGGCGGGAGCACCCCGCGGGCACCUUCCACUGCUCCAUGUCUCCAGGGAACCUAGAGAAGAACCGUUACGGGGACGUCCCCUGCCUGGACCAAACGAGGGUGAAGCUGACCAGACGAAGCGGCCUCACUCAGACAGAUUACAUCAAUGCCAGCUUCAUGGAUGGCUAUAAACAGAAGAAUGCUUACAUUGGUACACAAGGGCCCUUGGAGAAUACUUACCGGGACUUCUGGCUCAUGGUAUGGGAACAAAAAGUCUUGGUGAUUGUCAUGACCACGCGCUUCGAGGAAGGCGGCCGGAGGAAGUGUGGCCAGUACUGGCCUCUAGAGAAGGAAUCGCGGGUCCGCUUUGGCUUCCUCACCGUGACGAACUUGGGCGUGGAGAACAUGAGCCACUAUAAGAAAACAACGCUGGAGAUUCACAACACGGAGGAGCGGCAGAAGCGCCAGGUGACGCACUUCCAGUUCCUGAGCUGGCCCGACUACGGCGUGCCGUCGUCCGCGGCCUCGCUGCUCGACUUCCUCCGCGUGGUGCGCAGCCAGCAGAGCCUGGCGGUGGGCGGCGGCGGCGGCGCGCGCAGGGCCCCGGGCCCCGAGCCGCCCAUCGUGGUCCACUGCAGCGCGGGCAUCGGCAGGACGGGCACCUUCUGCUCCCUGGACAUCUGCCUGGCCCAGCUGGAGGAGCUCGGCACCCUCAACGUGUUCCAGACGGUGUCGCGCAUGCGCACCCAGAGGGCCUUCAGCAUCCAGACCCCCGAGCAGUAUUACUUCUGCUACAAGGCCAUCCUGGAGUUCGCCGAGAAAGAGGGCAUGGUUCCCUCCGGCCAGAGCCCGCUGCCCGCGGAGGGUCAGUAACCGUCCCGCACCGCCCUGGGCUCGGCCGCGCCUCGAGGUGCCGUCAGCCCCGCGGGGGCCGUGGACAGCCGCCGGGCGCGCCGGGCAGCCGGCUGGGGGCUCGAGAAGUGUGCGGAAUUGUCACUAGAAAAGGGCCGGCGGCCGUGUGUUCUUCACUCCUAGCACCUGCUAUUGAACUGUGCCUUAUUAAAACCAAAUUGUGGCUGUUGAUUUUUUGCCGGGGGGCCGAGGUAAGUGGGGAGGGCGCCCCCCCCCCCCCCCAGUGCCAUUCUUCCGGAGGUUUCCUCUCGCACUGCUUUCCUUCGCUAGGAUUUCACCAGGAGGCGUGGUGGGCGCUCGCCUUCCUAACCAGAGCGCCCACCACGCGACGCACACCCGUGCCUGGCCGCGCGCCGCGCGUGCUUCUCCAGAGGCGCGUGCGCGUCUCCCUCCUGUGUGUGUGCGCGCGCGCGUGUGUACACUUCCGUGUGUGGGUCUCUAUGGACGUGUGUAUAUAAUAUGUAUUGUAUGUGAUAAUAUGGUCGUACUCUAUAAACACGUAUACACA